UCACGCGCGGGGCGGCGCCGUUCUCUCGUUCGCCAUACUUCCACGGGAUCGCAAAGCAACGGACGCAAUUGCUGCAAAGGCACCUGAAAUCACCACUGCAUCAAAUAAAAGACAUGGCGGAGGAUGACUUAACUACGGAGCAGCUAGCAGCCAUUGCCGCUGAAAAUGAAGAGCCAGAACCGGUGAACUACAAACCUCCAGCUCAAAAGUCAGUGAAAGAGAUCCAAGAGUUGGAUAAGGAUGAUGAGAGCCUACGCAAAUAUAAGGAAACCCUGCUUGGUUCUGGGACCACUGAGAUUGUCACAGAUCCCAGUGUUACAAAUGUUCAAGUGACCCGGAUGUCUCUGAUCUGUGAAGAUGCCCCAAACCCCCUGGUGCUGGAUCUGCAAGGAGACCUGGAGGCCUUUAAGAAUCAGGCGUUUGUUCUGAAGGAGGGAGUCGAGUACAAAAUAAAGAUUAGCUUCAAGGUGAACAGGGAGAUUGUUUCGGGUCUGAAGUAUGUGCAGCAGACAUUCAGGAAAGGAGUUAAGACAGUUGAUAAAUCGGACUACAUGGUGGGCAGCUAUGGGCCUCGUCCCAAUGAAUAUGACUUCCUGACCACGGUGGAGGAGGCUCCUAAAGGUUUGCUGGCGCGCGGCAACUAUAUCAUCAAAUCCAAAUUUACUGAUGACGACAAGCAUGACCACCUGUCCUGGGAGUGGAACCUCAACAUCAAGAAAGACUGGAAAGACUAAAAGAGGCCUUUGUGUUUGAGGGACGAGGGAAUCAAACUCCCCCAGCCCUGUGCAUUACUCAGCCACCCCCCAUCCCCCAUCCCCGCCCUGUGUCCAACAUUUCUGCCUUCUUUGUUUUUAAUUGUUUUUACUUCGUUGUGCAUUUCAUGCCUUAGUUACUGCCUCGCUGUCUUAACACCCCGGCAUCCCUCCCACCUCUCUGUCAGCAUCUGUAGCAGCAUCCGUAGCAGCAGUCGUCCCCCAUCCGUCCAUCUAGCACCUCCCAAUCCCAAUCAAACAUUUCAUUGGUUGCACACGAGCCAGCUUUGUUCACCAACCUGCCAUCCUCACCGACUCCACCCCCCACCAAGCUGUGCCAUGUAGCACCUUACUUCCUCACACCCAGCCCUGUUUUUCCUUUUGUCCUGGAUUUUUUGCUGCUUGAAGAGAUUAACCCCGCCUUCCACCUCUCCAGAAUGGUGUCUUCCUCUCUCAGUAUGAAGUACAUGUGGAAAAGCAACUGUACAAUCAACUUUUGUUUGCCUUUUUUUUAUAUAAUUGUAUCAAUAGUCGUGUAAUGUGACUGUAUUCACAUCACUUUUAAUCAGCUGUUGUGUCCAUAGCAUAGCAGGCCCCACCACAUCCCCCUGCACCCACCCCCCCGACACCUCCCUCCCUGCAGCUUUCUUUGCUUGCUGUCUUUUGAUAUAAUUACCAAUACCUGCCUUGUAAAAACAUUUCAUUCAGAGCUGCUCUACGGCGCCUCUCUCCCUUCCCUAAAUGUAUUCGCCCACUCCCCUUCAAAUGGGGACUGGGACCAAAGUCAACAAGGGAGUAAAAAGUGGGUACAAAAAAAAAACUGCCUUAUAUAUCAACUAAUGUGUAAACCUAUUAAUGUCUAUUUAGCAUGCCUUGUGAGUAAAAGCAGUGCUUGCUAUCAGGUAGUCUGUAUAUCAAGGGCUUACUCUCGCUACCAACCAAUAACCAUCUGUAGCCCUGUUGUAGUAGAGACUGUUUAUACAGGUUACUCAGAUACAGGCUUUGCAAAAUAAACUGCAAUUGGACGGGACUGAAUGUUCAUAAUUGGAGAAAAGAUACUAAACAUGGUGAAAAUCAGUAUUGAUGAAUCUCGGCACUCUUGUUCUUUUUAGCCAUGAGGCCUUAGCACUAUGAUCAUGUGGAGACAAACAUUUCUAAUUUAGCAUUUUUGUUUUAAUUCGUUGUUCCCCUUUGCCUUAAUAUACAUCAUUCCCCUUACAAAGCCCCCCCCUCUCGCUCGUUCAGAUUGCUUCAUAACUCGUAGCCUGCAGUCAGGAGAUCCCAGGUGUGGAGGAGUAGUACCAGAGAAAGCACAGGACGAGGCUGAGCCAGGCACCGUUUGCUGCUGCUGCCGGAGACCUUGGCGGUGUCCAGGCUCGCCCAUAGAAAGAUGCUGGUAGUGAGGAGAGAGAAGCCUUUUUACCCAGUGACCCUCUCAGAGAGAAUGCGUGGGAACAAAGGGUCAGAUGACACUACCAGAGAAACACAUGCUCAAUAUUUAAUGAGAGAGGAGGAGGGUUUUGAAACACAGAUGACCAGAAACAUGAAUUGAUCGACUCGUACUGUACCAGAACAUAUGGAUGUAAAACUUAUUUUUUGUUUCUGAUAAUAAUAAUGUAUUCCUGAUCCAUACAUUCCUUCACAUUGUACAGUUUCUAUGAAAACGCUGGCAUGCUGGUGGGGUUGUAUAUUCUGUCAUCAUUUGUGAUUGCUCUUCUCGGUCAAUAAAGAUUUUGCUCAAAUUGGCCUCCAA